ACAUAAUGACUGAAAAGACUAACACUAUUGUGAGCCCUUUUUCUAAACACCCCACUCACACAGUUGUUCAUGAACUGUUACUGGAAGAACAGCUGCACCUCCUGCAGAUGAUGUAGGGGUUUUAGCCAUGAAUGCUCUGGCAAAAAAGCAUGGCUUUAGAGCUUCUUAGAAGAGAUCUCAAAGCCCAUAGAGAUAUGCCAGUUCAAUUAACUGGGCUGUAAACAUUAUAGCGAGGAUUAGCGAGCUAGAUGAGAAGCAGUGAAAUUUAGAUGGAGUUCGAUGAAAGCCAUAUGCUCUUUUUAUGUCCUGGCUGUAGUUACUGUAUCCCACUGAGUAACAUCAGGGAGUAAUUUCAACCACAAGCUUCAGACAAAUCUAUCUGUAAAUGCAUGUACUUCUGCAUAUUGACAUAAGGUGUCAGUGUUAUUCUUUUACUUGAGUGUCACAUUCUCGGUCAAUCUAGACUUUUAGAGUUGACUGUAUAAAUGAAUGAUUUCUAGAAUUUACAAACAAACAAAAAUACUACAUAUAGAAUAGGCGUACUCUUCAUUCAACUUUGGAAGUAAUUCAUGGUACAGUAUGAACAGAGCUGAAUGUUUUUUUAAUUUUGUGAAUGAAAACAAACUUCUAAAUUUCAUAUAAUGGUAAAUUUAGUUGGGGAUGGAGAGGAUUAAUUUUUCAUUAAAGUUGAAAAUGGAUGGCUCCUGUAACAGGAGCGCCUUAGCCAUCUGUCUGCAGUCAGUGGGAAACACAGAUGGUAUACAGCAUUCUGCAGGGAGUCUCGGUCCUGGGAGUUGAAAGCUCGCUUCCUAUUUACUGUUAGCCAUAUGCUAGCUACAGUUACAUUAAGAAAGAGAAAUUACUAAGUAUAACUGAUUCAAGGCUUAGUAUUCAUCAAAUAUAAAUAAGUUGGUACACUGUAGUUCAGUCUGGUGAUGGUUAUUGGUGGAUACUGCCCCCUAUGGUUCUAACAGUCACAACACACAUUAACAAACUAGCUGAAAUGCAUGACUUUUCUCUGCAACUAAGUAGUUUUGAUCAUUUGUUUUCCAUAGAGUUAGCUGUGGCUUUUAAGGCUAUAAACUCAACAUGCAACCCUUUUGCUUGAUAUGUAUAUAUGUACUAUAUAUCCCGGUUGUUAUUUAGCAGCUGAACACACUUGUGGCGUUCUUUCUGCAAUUGAAAUCAAAUAUUGUUAGGAUAAACAGCACUGUUGCAGAAGUUCCCACAAAUGUGUUGCGCUUGCAGGUUACAUUGCUUUCACUCUUCAUCUGGAAGGUCGGGACAGUAUGCCUGCCGUUCCACCAUCUGAAGCUAACCAUCUGGUUCUUUUCUUCUGCACAACCUGGAGGCCAUUAUUUGGUGAACAGGUCUGACUUCCUUUGUUAACUGCCUUUUUCCCAAAUAAAGCUUCACAGUCUUUUCCUACACUGUCUUUGUACAGAUGGAAUUUGUUGUUGUAAGUAAUCAACAAAAGUUGGGACACCUGUAGGAAUUGUUUACAUCAGUUUUUAAAGCUUCAUUUACUUCAACUGCUGCAGAAAAGAACAUCAUAUUACCUGAUUCGUGAAGAAGGCCUGAUUUAUGUGAAAUUUACAUAGCCUAAUUUUUUUUUUUUUUUUGCUAAAGUUGUAGCAAGAACAACUUGUUACCCUCACCCACACUGUAGCCUACAGUAUGUAGUGCAGAAGACAAAUCUCAGCUGCCCUUUCACACAAAAGGCAGACAGCCUAAAGUCAAGGAGGACAAUUUGACUGUCUGGGGGAGAUUAGUGGUGCACAACAGAUGUUACUCCUUGAUUAAUAAUAGUGUCUGCCAGGAGUGAGCUUCAGCUCCCCACCCUUCUGAGGCCCAGUGUGUUAACUUCAAUCCCACAAAAUAAAUGAAUUUACUGUCUAUGAUAAGAUGUGAUGGAAUAGAAAUGAUAAAAUAUAUUUGUUGAAAUUUUCACCUUGCUGAGCAGAGUGUAUGGUAAACCUUACCCUUACAAUCCAGUUGUUUCCAUUUUAAAUAUAUGGCGAUACGUUCACUGGCUUAUAUCAUUCUUAUCACAAGGUAUGAAUAGAGUCUAAAUAUACAGAAAGUUAACCAGCUACUGUACAUGAGCAACAAGCUGUAUUGAAAAUGGCCCCCAACUUUAGAGAGUAGAUGGGUUGGAAGAUAAUUAACAGGACAGAGAAGACAAAAAUAUCUGUAAUAUUUACUCUUUUGUAAAAUGCAGGUUUUACUCCUUCAGACUUUGAAAUUACAUUUUAUCUAUCUCUUUGGUGGACUGAUUAUAAGUGGGCAGAAGCUAAAAAGGUUUGAAACUACCAGUCUAGGUGAUAUUAAUACUAUGUGUAGGUGAGUAUUGGGGAAGUUAAUAAACUGACUGUUCUAUGUGUGUACCUACUGCACAGUAUGUGAACAAAUAAACCAGGACAGCAAUUUGCAUGUUGAUGUAAGAUAUGAUAAAGCUUGCAUUUACUUAGUUGGGGGAGGAGACCUGUUUUUAUUUAUUUAUUUAGGACUAAGCUUUAUUAAACUGGAAUUCAUUUUGUGAGGGAGAAGUAGCAAGUUCAUACACAGCUCUCAAGUUAUCAAUUUGCACCACUGAAUAUUAUUAUGAAAGCACCUUGUCUAUACGCACAGCUCAAAACUGUGAUUACUUUUCAUUACUGCAGGGUGGAUCAGACCACUAGUUGGAGGAGCGGGGGUGCUACGUGUCAUUAAUAGUCGUACAGCGAUUGAGCGGUUACUUUUUGCCACUACAAGCAUAAGCUAAAUUAAGCACGAAGUUUUACUGAGUCAAACAAUAAAGCUAAAACACGUCGGUGUCAAAGAUUUAGAGGCAGAAAUAACUUAUCAGACCCCCCCACACCAGAAGUGGUAUUUCUCGUUUAUGUUGUCACAAUCUCAUGAGCGUGCAAUCUUGGACAGCAGAGCAGUGGGGUAAUGUAGCAGGGUGCGGGAGCUGUCCGGACCAGUGCGUGAAGUGAACUGCUCAUUGUGAUUCCUGCCUGACGUCUUGUUGUGUCUUUCUACUAAAACUAAACUCGCCAUGGUCCAGCGAAACUAAGCAGCUGCCCGGUGUUGUUGGAGAUACGAGGCGCUCACUGCGAUACUUGUUUGGGAUGAGGAGUGAAGGACAUUCCUGCAGUCUUAAGCUUAAAAGAAACCAGCCUGCUCACAUCAUGCCCAUCGACAUGGCCUCUAGCUUUUCUUGCUCUCACUGGAACGACUUGGGACAAGGAUGUGUGUUGCCAUGGUGAUCAUUUACAAGAAAACACUGGAAAAGAAGGGUGUUGACGAUGUAACAUCCAAAAGUACCGAUUUGGGUCUGUUCCAGGCACAGACCAUGAGCCAGGGGACUGCAUUUUUCUCUUGUGGACUCAUGGAGACAAGCCGGUGGUGUGAGGUGGGCCACAGCUGUGCCAUAAAGCAGAGGCCAGUUGGGACGAGCCUGGAGAGCCUGUGGGAUGUCCUGCCUGGUGUACACAAGAGCUCAGCCCGCUGGGACUGGGACGACGGCUCCACUUCUGACACCAUCACAUGCCUAUUGCAGGACCUUAGCCUGACUGAGGCUGUGUCCUCUCACUCCACCGCACCCCCCAGCAAACGGCAGUGCCGGUCCCUGUCUUGCUCAGAUGAGCUUGGUGGAUGCCGCUCUACCUGGCGCCCUCAGGGCUCUCGUGUGUGGACAGCUGUGGAGAAGAGGAGAUGCCACAGUGGAGGCAGUGUCCAGCGCAGCAGUGGGAAUGCGCAGCUCGGCUUCCCGGCCAUGCAGCGUAGUUCUAGCUUCAGCCUACCUACCCGCUCCAACACCUUGGAGCUGCCCUGCUUCGCCCAGCAUCUCCCCUACCCCUCAGCGUUCACCAGUCUGACACCCUCUUCCUCAGUGCUCCUGUCCCCUGAGCCCUCAGCACAGCCUCUCUACCUCUCCCAUCAACAGAUCUGCCUCCCUGAGCCUCAUAAAGCCUCACCAUCCAGCUCCCUUGAUUCCACUCCUGAGCUGGAACGCCGUGGUGGACAGGGGGGUCUCGCUCGUAGCCACUCACAGCCGUGCGUCCUCAAUGACAAGAAAAUUGGUGUGAAGCGCAGGAGACCAGCAGACUCACACAAACAGAGGCCUUCAUUGGAUCUGGCAAAGAUGACCCAGAAACUUCAGAAUUUCCACAGCAUUAGCGGCCCUGGAGUCGAAGGCGAAGAUGGCUGUGAGUCAAGCCAGGCCCUUCACACUCUCAGGAGUACCUCUCAGUGCGACACUGACGACUCAUCUGCAAGUGAACACUGCUUGGAGGACAUUCAACUUCAGACCAAAGAGUUUGAGACCACCGGGAAUGUGCCGUCAGACCUCACAAUCAAGGAGGUGGAGUGGAUCUCCACAGACUGCAGUGACGUGACCCCAGGGACAACCAGCAGCAAGGAAAAUGAGCCUCUGUGGGUGGGGCUGUGUAGCAUGAGAAAGGACAUGUAUCAGCUUGGAGGUGAGCUCGACAUUGAGCAAAUUGAGAGGAAUUGAGUUGGGCUGCCUUUCUCCUGGGGAUGGGGGCUGAAAGAUUAUCACCAGGUGGUACAGUAAACAGUACUGAGAGUCUUAAGGACAAAGGAGAAUUUGAGAAAGACCUUUAUGGGCUAAAUGGCCACUUUCUGGGGACUUGAUGUAGUCAGAAGCUACCCCAUCCCUCCAGCUGGUAUCUUAACUGUGUCUCAGGAGAACAAGGAAGUCAAGGAAAAUGGAUUCAGGUGGAAAUAAUAGAACUUAUAAAUAUAAAAAUGAUAUAUUAAUGCUGGCUCCGAGACUGGGUUCUUCAAUGUUGCUCUGUAAUCUUGAUUACAUUCAUUGUACCAUGUUCGGAGAGAAUUCACAGCAGGUUUGUAUAAAUUCUCUGCACUAGAAAGUGUGUCUGUUCUUCUAAUGCUCUUAAAUAGUACAAGGGUAGAUGAUGGACAGAAAUAGAGAAUACGGCAAGAGCGUGUGUUAUUAAAACCUCUUUCACUCUUAAUGAGCAACAAGCUGCAAGCACACACCACCUGUCAAGUACAGUAUAUGAAAGUACCUAACUUUUCACAGUAACAUAAGGCUUCUCUGAGAUCUAUGCUCCUAUUUGUCUGAGAGAAACUUUGUGAUGCUAACAGCGUUAACAUUCUUUCUUUCUACAAUUUGUAACUACAAAGUUAUGUAAAACAUUUCUAUACAAAUAAACAGUUUUAAUGUGUCAUUUGUAAUCGCAUUAUGUCAGCAUCUUUAUUCAUAAAAUCUGGGACACAUUUCAUAUCAAAACAAAUGAAAGAUGCAAGUGGGCAUGAUGAGAUCCAGAUUAGCUGUAAGUGGCUCAAAUUCCUACAAAUACAGCAAAGGUUUGCACUCACUAGGAAUUUUGACUGGGGUCUAUAAUAUCCAGUGGCUGACUGUAAUGUAAUUAUGCAGGUACUGCACUUUUUUUUUUUUACUUUGAGGUAUUUCUACUUUACUUGAGAACUUCAGUUUUAUGCUACUUUACUACAUCUUUGAGGAAAAUAGUCUUCUCUAAAAUCUACAAUACUAAAGUUCUGAAACUCAAAAGAAAACCACUCCACCCCUCCCUCCCUCUUCCUGCUCUGUUAGACUCUGCCAAGGUCUUUACCUACAACCUCGCCAUCUGUGCAUAUAUGCACAUGUAUCCCAUGAAUAUAUAAAGGAAAUUGGGAUCCUGGAUUUAAUGGAAGUUGCUUGGAUAGUGCAUGAGCAUGAUUAUUAACUUGGUUUGCAGUUUGAGGUGUCAUGUUAAGUUUUACAAACAUUGCUUACUGUAGUUUUGCAAGUGGCCACUGUGGGGGAAAUAAACAAUUCUGAGAACAAGGCUUAGUGGACAUCUCUAAUGCAACAAUGCAGAGUGACCCAAUUAAGUAGGAGGAAGAGACAAUUGCAACCGUAGUAGUGCUAAUACUGAUGAGCCUGUGCUUGUGUGCUGAAGUAGGGAGUGAGCAGGGAGGACAGACAGACAGACAGAGGUGGCAAGUCUAAUUACUUUUUUUUUUUUGAUAACUGGUGGAGCAACGAAGCAGCAGUUCACCCCUGAGACCUCCCUCCCUCCGUGCAAUGGGAAACAAAAGGUGCUUUUUCUCUGUGGAGAGCAGUGACGUGGGAGGCGGCUGUGAAUGUGGGCCAUGUGUCAGAGCUGCUGCUCCGUUUGUCUGCUUCCCCUCCCCAGCUCUGGUGCCUGUGCAAACCUCCAGAAUUAUACCGUUGUUAACUUUUUGACUCACUACUCUAGUAUGGCUGCAUAACACUUCUGCAUGUUUGUUCAGAAUUGCAAUGAUCCUUGUCAUUCUUUGAAACUAUAAAGGUGCCACUAAAGAAAGUAAGUUACCUCAUUAAAAACCAGCUGAGUGAUUUCCUUAACCAGCUAUAUUCCAGGCACAACUACCACAGAAAGAAUAAUUGUGGGGUUAGAUUUGCCUAUAAGCGCCUUGCAUACUCUUGUUAUAAACUGGAUUAUUAAGGUGCUGCAUGAGAAUUUGUACGUUUGCACAGUGAGGUCAAAUUUACACCGUCACAGACACCUGCAUGUGGUACAUGAAAGCUGCUUCUUUUCACUGGUUAAGCCCUUUUCAGUUAAUGAGUCAAGAAGGAAAUGGGUAAACAGAACCAUUGUGAACGUGCUGUGGGACAGACUGGCACACUGAAGGUCCCCGGUCCUUAAUCAGCAGAGUGACACAAGUGAAAGAAGGCUGUGUUCUGAGAGGAGAUAGGACUACAACAGUGAGAGGAUGCGCCAUGUGAAUGUUCUGCACUACACUCGUCCACAACCCCCACCAGCACUGACAGCAGGAUGGUGAUCACUCUUGAACUGUUGCUGGAGAUUGGGUGCAAUCUUAUCAGCCCUAAUGAUGGCUCGCAUCAUUCAGGUUUCAGGCACCAGAUGUCCCACAAUAAAUGCAGGUAUAAUACAUUUGUUUACUUUCCUCCAGUG